GGCCAAAAAGAAAGCUGAAAGGGAGAAGAUGGAAAUAGAAACACUUAAAUCUAUGACAGAGACUCCACUCCUCAAUGCCAGCCCAUCCUCCCUUGCAGACACUGUGGUCAGUGUGACCACCGGACAGCCAACCAUUGCGACAACAUCCAACUGCAAGCUGAGCAGCGCACCACGAUCACCCAAUGAGGUGCUGGCCAAACCAAGGCCAAGGGCUUCAAAAAUUAACAAACCUGGGACUCCCCCUAAAAAACAAGCAGCGGCCCCCCCCAAUAAGCAGCAGAGUAAAGCAUCACCAACUAAACCACAACGGGGCAAAGGAGCUCGGAAUAAACCUAAAAAAUCCAUGAUUAACGGUGAUGUUGGAUCACUUGUUAGAGACAUUUUUAAGAAUGGGGACAGUGUAACGGUGAUCAGUAACAAGUCACGCAAAAAAGAAAGUCGCUCAAACAGCCUAUGUUCUACAUCGGAUGGCAUUAACGGGUCGGGUGACAUCAGCAAUUCAAGUUUCCCCCGUGAGACAAAACUCUCGGAUGAUGAUGAUGAGGAGGAUGUUGAGGUCGACAUAGAUAUUGAGAAUGAUGAUGAUGAAAACCCAGUCUUGCAGAGCCGCUCAGCGUCUCCCAGCUCAGUGUACCACCAGCUGUUAAAAUCUGCUCACAUCGAUAUAGAAACUAAAAGCAACACCGAACAUUUGGUGACGGCUCAGGAAACUGUUAAAGAGAAUGCAACUGAAUGGGAAGAAACCCAAAACCUAAAUGCUGGCAGCACGGAUUUGGACAUGAAUGCAGAUCCAAUGUGUGCAGCAGAAGUGGUGGUAAAGACGGAGGAGGAGGAUUCUAAUAGCGACACAGCUUCGAUGUACAAACUGGAAAGCAUGUCUGAUGAUAGCAGCAAAGACCGGCCGGACGAUGAGGAAGAGGAGGAGCACCAUGUUAAAACAGAAACUAUUGGUAAACAUUUUAAAGCUCACAGAGGUUCCUAGUUUUAUAGUUAAUAUCACAGGCAGAUUGUUCAGAUGAUUUGUUGAAUUUUCUUAGUGCUGAGGGAAUGGUUACUUUGAUGAUUUAACUCCUGAGCAAUGACAUGUCUGGCUUUUGUAUUCUUACAAAAAUUAUCCAUUACAUUUAUGAUUUUUUAAUCGAUGUUACCCUUAUUUUUUUUUAUAUUUUCAAAUGAAUUUGCAACCAGUAAAUGGACUGGUGGCAUCAUCGGGUGAAGUGAUAGAAUUUGAAGUUCCACAAGAAGAGAAAGAGUUGCAAGCCCAUUUCAUCUCAGAUGAAGAAAAACAUGUUCAUGCAGAUUUUUUUGAUGGGCGGCCACCAAAGACACCAGAGCGCUACAUUAAGAUCAGGAGCUACAUCAUAGAUUGUUGGUAUGAAAGAGUAUCAUUUCAUAAUUUAUUUGCAUAUUCAAAAAUGUUCAUUUUAUCAUCUCCAAAUGAAGCAGAUUUAUGUAAUUCUCAUAACCUCACCUAUGCCUUGUCUCUGAGCCAUAUAUGAUUUAUACAUCUUUCAUCAUCUUUCAUUUGAUAUUAAAUUCUUAUGGCAAAGAUAUGAUUUUUAAAAAAAAACUAUUGAGUUUAAUGAUUUCAGACAAAUCAUCUUUAUUCCUGAAAUCCUCUAUGUUAUGACUUAUCACUUUUAUAAACAAAAUAUUUAUUAAAAUAUGACCUUUAAAAAGGAAUUAAUUAAAUUAAAAUGGACCAUAAUUAAAUUAUUCAUUUUUAUAGCUCUUUUUCCCCCUCAGAUACCGUGAAUACCCAUUCUAGCAACCUUUAUCUGAUUGCAGGUUAAAAUGCAAGCCAACUUACUUAAACAAAACUUGCAUAAGACCAGGGCUGAAAAAUUGUGGAGAUGUAAAUUGUAUAGGUCGGAUUCAUUCCUACUUGGAGUGUAUUGGUGCCAUUAAUUUUGGUUGUGGUGAGUAUUAAGGCCAGUAGAGUUAGCUACUGGGAUUUGUAAAACUGUUUGAUCCAAAUCUUAAAAAGUGGAGUAUUUUUUUAAUGGAACUUUUUUUUAUUUUGCUUGCUAUUGAAACUCAGACAAUCUGUUGUUUUCUCAUCCCAAAUCAUCCAAACAGCUGUCCAUUCUUUUAUGCUUUCAUAUCAAUUUAUUCUAAGAUUUUGAUAUAAAGAGUGGCCUUACUAAUUCAAUAAUACUUGUAUAGAUGAUGAAAAAAAAAUCAUAUUACCGGUACUAUUCAGAACAAGCAGCAUACAGAAAUCCACACAAAACUGUCGGUGGAGGAACAAACAGUCGGGUCAAAGGAAUCAACAAAGAUCUCAUAGCAUCAUUUCCAGCUUUAAAAACAGAGUCAACAGUAAGUAAUGAACAAUGAGGCAAGAACUCUUGCUGCAUGGUUUAAAUAUUUUGAUCUCCAGUUUCACUCAUUAUUUUUCAGUUAUUCUUCUCCACAUGCGUGGCCAAUGGGGAUUUACUUAUUUUUCUGUUUAAAAAAUAAACGUUUGUAUUAUGUGCAUAAAAGUCUGUAGUCCUCAGAAAGUAAAUUUUAUUAUAUUUUUAUUUGAGUAUAAGUCUUUUACUUUAGAAAAACUGAUCUUUUAAAUAGUUGCCUUUUAUUCAGCGACCCCGUAAAAGAAGAAUCCGUGACGGCUCAGGUUUGUGGGUGGAUGAGAAAGAGCUGGAAGGAAAAACUAUUGAAGUAAGUUAGAUAACUCAUUUAUGUAAAAGAAGGAAAAAAAAGGGUCUUGCCACCAAACAAAUUUAUCAAUGAUAUUGUGUUGUUAUUUGGUGAUUGUGGCAUAGCUAAGCUUAAUACAGCAUACAAAUAGCAGCUUAGAAUUUCCUGUUUGACCAUCACUUACAUUUUAGCACUUCAAGUAUUUUCUUAGGCUGAUGAUGCACAAACACUGGUAUGAUUAUUAUUUACAUACUUGUGUAAAUAUUCAAUGCUGUGUAUCAUCCAUUAGACAAUAGAUUUUUGUCGGUAAUCAUGUCUAUCACAUCAUGUUGUUUUCCAUUGCUUGUUGUAACACAUGUUAUUCUAUUGCCAAUAUAACAUGGUUAACUAAUACUUUGCUCACUUGAAUAAUUAAUUCUUCCACUCCUCAAACUUAUCUGUUCUCUCACACAAUGAAGUGGCAAUGUUCAAUGAAAUUAUACAGUACUUUAUUAUAACUAAUAAACACAAUAAUAAUAAGUCUUGCCAAGAGGAUAUCUUGCAAUAAUUCUAGGAUGCAAUAAUCACACACUUACUCAAUAUAUCAUAUCAUAAUCUAAUCACAAUAAUUCAAUAAUCCAUACGAGAGAAAUUAAACAUGUCUGCUCCCUGUCAGAUAAAAUCGUGCACUCUUCUUUUCUCUACAUAGGCAGCAUGUGUGCUUCCGCUCUAGAAAUUAGUUCCCUCAUUUCUCGUGAUUCACCAUGUUAUAAUACAAUUUCUACGCCAUCCUGUCAUAAUAGUGUCGUGUGUAAAAUCACAGCCAACUUGGUCUGUUACACUUGUUUAAAAAAAAAUUUUUUUUAAUGAAGCUGAAGGAUUAUGUCUCAUUUUCCAUGAUCUUGUGACUUCCGGUGUAAUAAAAGCCACUCUAAGUGGAAUUUGUGAGAUCCCCGUCAAAAUUUCCACAUUUCUGGAAAGUCUGUCUGUUUAGAUGCCUUCAUGUGAUCCCAAGAUUUAUAUUUAGGUCUUAAAUUCCUAUUACAGACCUGUUUACUCUUACGAUUUUGGCGUACAAUGUACGAUUUUGAGGUGUAAACAUUAUAUAUACUUUAUGUUUAUUUUUUACUAUAAAUAUAAGGUAUUGAAUGAUUUUGUGAUGAUGUUGUACGAUUUUAAGGGUUUGAGGAUAAACAGGUCUGAUAAUAUCAUUAUUUUCAAUACACGAGGGACAGAAUUUCAAAGGGAUUAUGAUAAUAAACAUUUUUUAAAGUGAUUUUAUAUUUUCUACACUUUGAAACACUUUAUGACUAGCUUUGUUUCCUACAAACUUGUUAAAGAUUGUGCGAACCAAUUAUCUCAAAUUUAUUAUUUUUUCCAAACAGCAUAACAAUGAGAGGAAGAAGUUGGAUGCUAACCGUAAACUUAAGAUCCCGAGAUCAGUGAAGACUGUUUAUGAUCCAUUCAAACUAGUGCCUUGUCUUCCCUUCUCUGAUGAUAAUCCUGUAAGUUUUAAUUUUCUAAAACCAUAUUUAAUACAAUUUGGAAUUUAAAAUAGUUUAGAAAUAGUUUGCUCAUUACCUCUUAAUUUCAUGUCCCCUGCUCUGAGUUCCGGUACUUAAUUUUAAAAUAUGUACUCUGCAAUGCUUAAAGAUUCUGAAUUAUAAAAUACUUACCCUUAUUUGUCAUGUGACUUAGUGUUACUAAGGAACAUUAAACUGUUAAAUUGAUUUUAAAGGGAAAAAAACACUUUGGGGGGGGUUCAUUUAUCUCAACAAUCAGCUUGGAGAAAUUUUGUUUUCUAUGAAUUCGUUUUUGGAAUUUUACAGGCCCCAUAUAAAAUUGAGAUGUUUAAUACAGCUUUGGCCAUCAUGGACAUUCAUGCUCAUGUGUCUAAAACAGAGGUCAUUGGCAUGCUUGGGGGUCAGUUUAGUGCUGCGACUCAGUGUUUAACUAUAAGUAUGGCUGUGCCUUGCAAGAGUAUGAGCACAGGGAUGCAGUGUGAAAUGGAUCCAGGUGAGAACAAAGCCCAUGUAAAUAACUGCUUUGAUGAUUUCAUCUUUUUUUUUUUUUAAAUGUGAAAUAUUUUUGUAUACCUCCCCACCUCAGAUUUCAUUAAUGCUCUCUUUGCUAUGAUUUAGGUUUGGCAAUUUUUCAAUGAGCAGACUUGUUAACUCUUAUGAUUUUGGCAUAAAAUGUACGAUUUUGAGAUGUCUUUUACGAUUGUAUGCUAAGGAAUGUUAAAAAAAGAUCAGGUUUAAAAAAUAUAUUCUAGUGGUUUUUUAGGAUUAAAAAAUAAUAAUUACAUAAUGUUUUCGGUUGCCAGUUUUAGCUCCUUGCUACACCCAGUGGUGUAUGGACAGAGAAAUAUGAUUGGCUGGGGACCAUCCAUAAUUAUAUUAUUUUCACACUGAGAGGGAAAAGGGGGUGGUGUAUGCACUUAAAGCGUAAGGGUGUGCAUGUGAGGAGACAGGGGACAUUUAAAUAUUUUUAAAGACUAUAAAUAUCACCACCACGUUUCAGUUUCAUAAUAAUCGUCAUAUUGAUGCUUAGUGUUUUUACAAUGAACUCACUAGAUACAGCAACAGUGAUAUAUAUAACAGUGUAUGCACUUAAAGCGUAAGGGUGUGCAUGUGAGGAGACAGGGGACAUUUAAAUAUUUUCAAAGACUAUAAAUAUCACCAGCACGUUUCAGUUUCAUAAUAAUCGUCAUAUUGAUGCUUAGUGUUUUUACAAUGAACUCACUAGAUACAGCAACAGUGAUAUUUAGCGUAUUCGCCCAAGUAUUUUUGUAGUUUGUUUCGGUUCCAUAUGAAACAAUUUUGUAACAUGGUAGUUCAGUGGGCUGAAUGGAAGCGAUUGCGAAAAUGUAGAAAACCGGAUUUAAAAAAAAAAAAGCUUCUCAACUGCUCCGCCCAGCAGCAUUGGAUUUUACAUAUUUUAUAAAAUCUAGUAAGCGGCAUUUUAAAUCUAUUUGAAGCCAUUAACCAGCUAUACCAUUUUAAUUUCCUAGUUUGGUUCACACGCUCCUCUUCCCUUCUCCCAUUACAACUUGCUGUAGUUAUUAGACUUAAAUAUAUUAAUUUAAAAUAAAUUUAGGCUCCUAGGCUUAAUGCAGGGGUGGGCAAACUGUGGCUUGCUUGCCACGUUUAAUAUUGUGAGAGCCGAAUGUAUCACAAAGGAACUUAUUUCUUCAUUCAAGAAGUGAUUAUUUUCAUAUUUACAUAAAUUUACGCACAUUUGAAAUAUAUAAACAUCACUUUUGUGACGGUACACACCAUUUCAGUGUCAGGAAUGAUUUUGAAAAAUAGAAGUAAUAAUUUAUUGUAAAAUUUAUUGUUUAGUUAACUACUAAAAUAACACUGAUCUCAGGUAGGUAGAGGGAACCUUAUUUUCCACAAGCAUUAUGAUUAAGUGUAGAAUGAUGCAAAGCUCUAUUCAGGUAUAAGCAAAAGUGCAUCUCUGCAUUUUUUAAUAUAAAUAUUCUGGGACUCAGCCUCCUCCCCUUAUGCCAUUAGCAGCCAACCCAACUUUUUUUAGAGUGAGUUUUCGGCGGUAGUCCUCAGAUUUCCACCCUCACCGGUUUAUCAAAGUGGCUAAUGACUGGCACCUUUUUAUUUGACAUAAUGCACUGUAAAUAAAUAAAUGUAUUUAAACAUCAGUACUGGUAUUCUACUUUAAGAAGUGACCUUUAUUAGACAUGCGAUGCAAAUAGUUAUCAUAGUGUAUGUUGAUUUAUUUAAUAUUACAAUACAGUAUUGUAUGAUUUUGAGAUGGUAAAGUACUAUUCCAAGACUUAAUUGUACUAUUUUGGGAGUUCCGGUGAAAACAGAUUUGAAUGAGUGCUUCUGAAUAUACCUAUCACUUCUUGUUUCUUCUUUUCUCAAAAAAGUUUUCAAUGUUGGAUCAGUAUAAUGAAAAAGAAAAUUUUCAAAAAGUAUGUUUUAAAGAGAACCAUCACUACAUCUUAAUGUUAUUUUAAAUUUCACCUAAUCUGGCUGAAAUGCAUAAAAUGUAUGUUUCCAUCGACCUAGUUUCUCAGACUCUGGCAAGUGAUCAAAUAACUGAUGUAGGGAUGUCUGUUGUGGGCUGGUACCACUCCCAUCCAACAUUUAGUCCAGAUCCUUCAGUCAGAGACAUUGAAACGCAACAGAAGUUUCAGGUCAGUGAUAUGUCCUACAUCUAAUUUUGAGUUUUUAAAAGUUAACUGACUGUACCUUACCACAUAAAGUGCACGAAAUUAAGGUUAAAAAAUGCAAGGCAAGUAGGGCAAACAAUAUUUCAUUAAAUGAUAUAUUUUAAUGCCUUUGCAACCAAUUCUUCUUGACCUACUUGCAUUUUUCGACAGAGUUUGUAUCUUAAGUAACCCAUAACACCUGUAAUGUAAGCAGCAUCCCUCUGAAGGGAUAUUAGCAUUUUUUAUCAGUAUGACCUCAGUUCAUUUAAAUUUAAUUAAAAAUUAAAGCAUUUAGACAUUUUUAUUUAAAAAACAAAUAAUUAUAUUGUGAAUUCGUAUAGUAUGGUUACUAAUGUUAUGGGAAUAAGAGAAUAAGAUUAAAAGAUCACUCUGUACGUAGACAAGUCAUUUUAGGGAUCUUUCCCAACAAAAUGUUAGGAAUCUAAAUGAUACGUGGAUGGGGUUAUACAGGUUAAUGAUAUACUAUAGCUUUUUAGUUGAGAGUAAUCUUAAAAUAAUUAGAAAGAAAAUAGUGUGUGAAUUCCAUUUAGCUGAUGUUGGACAUGAACAGUCAGCUCUUAUACAGUUUGUUUUUCAACAUUUUUGUUUUUCCAACAAUGCUCAAGUUACACCAGUUUUAUAACAUUGGAUAUGUGAAUAUUUUGCAGUAUUGGUUUUCCAAAGGAGGCAAUCACUUUGUUGGGGUCAUCGUCAGUCCUUACAAUGCAUCCAGCCUGUCAGUAUUUUCUGACAUCAGGUGUUUGACAAUCAGU